AUGAGUCACGUUCCAGCCUGGAAAAGAAUCGCCUUCAAAAACGUCCAGCACGACGAGCUUCGGGAUGAGACUCCGUUGAAUGUUACGACGCAUUUGGCGACCGCGUCGUUGUCGAGGAGGGAAAAACGUCAAAUGUUGCGUGGGGAUGGGACUGCCAAGAAGAAAGUGGGCAAAAAGGAUUCCAAGGGCCAGAAGCGCGAGAAGCUCGAGAGGCAGGCACGAGUUGCGCACCGGAAUACGGUUUUGCGAGACCAACUCCGGUAUUUGAUCGAGUUUUACCGCGAAAAAGUGGGCGGGUUGCCUGAAAGCGUGUGGGAACACGAGCCGGCGAAGUCACAUCGCGAGGAGCUGGAGAGUGGCGCGGCGACGGCGGCGGGCGAGCUGGAGGUGGUGAGCACGUGGAAGUUUUCGAAACAGAAACAGAAUUGGUUGCUGAAACACGUUUUCGAGUGUGAUUUGAUUCCCAGUUGCUAUGACGAGCUGUUGGCGUCGUAUUUCCGGGAUCUGAAAGGUACUGCGCGUGCGGCGUUGGAGGAGCAGUGCAAGUCGACCAUCGAGGGGAAGUCCGGGAAGCCCGCGGAAGCCACCGAGCCCGCGGAGCCCGCGGAGAACCCCGGAGACGCCGCCCCGCCGCAAGCCGCCCGCGCCAAAACUCUACUCGACGCCCUACUAAGCUGA